AUGAAGGCAGCACUGACCCUCCUGGCUCUUGCUCUCCUUCAUAUCUGCUCUUCUUUUCCCAUCAGACACCCCACAAACUGGCUCAGACAAUGUCGCGCCUCCACCGACCUCUCCAUCACAGCACUGGAGGUGCUGCCGGGCGGAGGCUGGGACAACCUCCGGAACAUGGACAUGGGUCGGGUCAUGAACCUCAGCUACUUCCAGUGCCAGACCACCGAGGACGGAUUCUACCUGAUCCCAGAUGAGGUGUUUGUCAUCCCGCACAAGGAGACAGGCGUGGAGACAAGCUCAGAGAUAAUCAGCUCCUGGCUGGAGCAGACAAGCUCUACAUCUCACUCCAUAAAUGUAGAGGUAUCAUUCCUUUCAAAGCUGAAUGCAAAAUUCUCUACAGAGAACAAGAGGAUGAAAACCCAUCAGGUCAAAGACUCUUCAACCACAACCAGAGUGCAAGUUCGUAACUUCAUCUACACAGUGAAGGCUUAUCCAGACUUCACUCUGGACACACGCUUUGCUCAACAAGCCAAAGAGAUUGCUGAUGCGAUUGAAAACAACCAAACAAGGAACGCAGACUAUCUCUCAGAGAAGAUGGUGCUGGACUACGGAACCCAUGUUAUCACUAGUGUUGAUGCUGGGGCUUCUUUGGUGCAGGAAGACUACCUCCAUUCGUCAUAUGUGUCGGAUAGUUCGUCAGAAAGUUCCUCCGUCAAAGCUGAGGCAGGCUUAAGCUUUUUUGACAAACUCAAGUUUGACAUAAGCAGUGAAAACACCCAACAGAGCUCAUCACUCAAAGCGUAUCAGUCCAAUAUUACAUACUCUAUUACCCAGAGCCAUGGAGGCAUACCUUUCUAUCCUGGCAUCACUCUGCAGAAGUGGCAGGAAAGUACCAGGAACAACCUGAUUGCUAUUGAUCGGUCUGGAUUUCCCCUCCACUACUUUAUAAACACAAACACCUUCCCUGAUUUGCCGCAGCCUACAGUUGGCAAAGUGGCUGUUGCAGUGAGUCAGGCCAUAGAGCGAUACUACAGGAUCAACACGCGGCCUGGAUGUGUCGACGUCAGCUCCAAGAACUUUAACUUCCAGGCCAACAUUGAUGAUUCCUCCUGCGAGGGCCCUGCUACAAACCUCAGUUUUGGUGGUGUCUAUCAAGUGUGUACUCCUCUCACCUCAGAUGCAGGUCCACUAUGUGAUGCUCUGGCCCAGAAAAACCCUGACACAGGCGACUUCUCCUGUCGUUCGCCUUAUUCGGCCACUUUACUCAGAUCAGAAGUGAGACAGCAGGGUUACACUCAGCACUAUUGCAUUUUUGAGGACCUCUGUUGGGACUGGUACUACGUUCGCUCUGCUCGCAUCGACACUUACUGGUGCUCUCUAAAUGGAGAGGCCCCAGAAAACUCAGGGUUUCUGUUUGGAGGCAUAUACAGCCCCUCUCUCCCGAACCCCCUCACCAACGCCAAAAGCUGCCCCCCAAACUUCAUUCCAGUAAAAUUUCUCUCAGAUGGCCAAGUGAUCUGCGUGAGCAACGACUAUGAAACUGGCUCCAGAUUCUCAGUACCAUUCGGAGGUCUCUUCAGUUGUCAGUCAAACAACCCGCUGGCAGGGAAUCAACGUCGCUGUCCUCCUAUGUUCAGUCAGCACCUCGCUACAGUGAGCGACGGCUGUGAAAUUCUUUACUGUGUCCAGUCAGGACUGUUCACAGGUGGACAACUGCUUCCGAUCCAUCUGCCUCCUUUCACUAAACCUCCACUUGUCAGUAUGCAGGCCACUAACACGGUUAUGGUCAUGACUGAGGGAGACAAGAACUGGGUCAGAGUGGGGCUGACCAAGGCGUGGAAACUGGCAAAACCAGAGGACAUCAACAAGAUCAUACGUAGGACUAACCCAGAGUUGAAUCAGAUGACAGGUGGUGAAAAGGCAGGGGUAGCCUUUGGGGUAAUGGGUAUGAUGGUACUGGUCAUAGUGGCAGUAAUUGUGGUGAGGAGAAGGAGGAGGCUGUCUGGAUUUAGGACAGUGAGAGGCUAUGAAGAAAUACGUGAAGAGGUUGAGUGUGAUAAAGGAGAGAGGGAGACACAGCAAGGUGAGGUUUAGAGGCUUGGCACGCAGAGACGGUGUCUGGUGUGACAGAUUUUGUGUUUAACUUCCUUGUUCAAUGCCAAAUCAGCAGUCACUGCCAACAUUUUACAUGAUUGGAAUAUUUUCAUGUUUAAACACUCCUAGUGUGAAUCAUCCUUGUCUAUGUGUGCUUAUGAAACCAAUAAGUAACUCACACAGUCACAUUCCAUCACCUGCUAUUGAUGAGUGUAAUAGCUUUAGCAAUACAUCUAGGUCUACCUAUUUUCCUUACAGUAUGUUGUGAACUUUAAGAUGUUUCUUAAAAUAAGUAAACAUUGUAAAAUUUAUCAUUUUACGUUAAAUCUAAGAGAUAACAAUCUGCCUUCAAAUUCACCAGAUGGUACAAAGGAGAAGGCCACAGUGAGCCAACACUGCCCUCAUGAGGCCAGAAUGCACAAUGCCAUGUGUAUAAAUCAUUUUCUAUCCCAUUUAAGAACAUGAAUGCUUUGUAUGACUUUUUUGAACGUACCAUUAAUCUGUUUUUGUCCUUUACUUUUAAUGUUAAUGAAAUUAAAAUGAUUUAUAAAUGUAUGUCUAUUAAACUCUUCUGCACUGCACUUAUUAAAGUCAUGUAAAACAAC